AAAUCCAAAAGAAUGAUUUCGGAGCAUCAUAAUAACAUUAUGGAGGAGCAACCCCUUGACCAUCAUCCAUGGCUAGGGCAACUGUUGAAGUCCAAUUUCAAGAAGUUCUCAUGUAAGAAUCAUGGCUUCACACUUAACCACUUCUGCACAGAUUGUUUGGGACUCUUAAUCUGCGAGAAGUGUGCUAAAUGCAAUGAACACCGUGGUCAUGGAAUUAUUCGAGUUUUCCAAUCUUCAAGGCAAGAUGGAAUUCAAAUUAAGAAUCUCGAUAAUCUGUUAGACGUAUCACAAAUUCAUCCCUACGUGAUUAAUGGUGCCAAAAUAGUUUAUAUUUAUCGAAGACUAUAUAGCAGCAAUAAAGAUAAAGCGAAACUAGGAGGUUGUAGCAGAGCCAGCGGCCGUCGUAAGUUUUGUGUAAGGUGUGGAUUUGAACUGCAAUCAAAAAAAGAGGAGCCUGAUUCCAAGUUCUGUUCGAUUGAAUGCAAGUAUAAAAGUGUUUGUGGAAGAAGGCAUUCACCAUCACCACAGCAGAUAGAUGAAACCGACACAGGUGAUGAGAUGAACAAUGAUGAAAUUGACAUGGUGGAUGAAAUCGACCAUGAGAAGAGUUUGAGGAGAAGACCCAGAAAAGCAUAUCACCCAAGUAGAUCUCCUUUCUUUUAAAAAUUUUCCUAGCUUGCUUCACAUUGCUAUGUAUUUAUUAGAUAAUAUGAUUGUGAGGACGUACGUACCAUGCAUUUGCAAUAUUGACAGCUAAUGUUUGCUUCAAUUCAAUAGAGAUUUGGCCUAACAAAUUCAUGUACCCACU